GGAAUCUUGUCUGAUGAUCACGUUCUGGCAGCAGCUCUUUGGAGAAACCUUUUUAACAGGAACUGUGAGGACCCUCGGCAUCUGGAGCUACUCGUAGAGUACGUGCGCAAACAGGUGCAGCACCUGGACGCGCUGAGCGGGGAAGACCUGCUGCUGACGGGCGAGGUGAGCUGGCGGCCGCUGGUGGAGAGCGACGCCCGCAGCAUCCUCAAGCCCCUUUCCCCUGUUUACAACGACGAAGGACUCUGA